CCCCUCCCUCGGCGCCGGCCUCGCGGAGGGUCGGCAGCAUGUCGCCGCAGGCGGCGGCGGCGCUCGGGUUCCUCCUGCCCACGUGCUGGGAGAUCGAGGUCACCUGCGCCGCGGCCAUGCUCAUCGUCGCGCUCUACGCCGCCUACGAGCUCCUCGGCCCGCGGUCCCCGCCAGCGGGCGCCGACGAUCUCGGCCUCGCCCGGGAACUCGACGGCGCCGACAAGUAUAAGGGAGGCUCCACCGGGCCGUCGGCGUACGUGGUGAAGCUGGAGCUGCUAGCCGCGAAGAAUUUGAUCGCGGCCAACUUGAACGGGACCUCGGACCCUUAUGCACUUAUCACCUGCGGCGAAGAGAAGCGUUUCAGCUCCAUGGUUCCUGGCUCAAGAAACCCAAUGUGGGGAGAGGAAUUCAAUUUUGUUGUUGACUCUCUUCCUGUAAAGAUACAGGUGAAAAUAUAUGAUUGGGACAUUGUAUGGAAGAGCACAACACUUGGUUCUGUUACUGUUCCAGUCGAGUCUGAGGGGCAGAGUGGACCAGUUUGGUAUACACUUGACAGCUCAUCAGGUCAGGUUUGUCUCCAUAUUAAGGCAAUCAAGGUUCAUGAGAGUUCCUCCAGGGCUCUAAACAACACUGCUGAGGCUGAUGCUCGUAGAAGGAUUUCCUUAGACAAACAAGGUCCUACUGUAGUUCACCAAAAACCAGGUCAUUUGCAGACAAUUUUUGGGCUCCCACCAGAUGAGGUUGUUGAACACAGCUAUUCAUGUGCACUUGAGAGGUCAUUUCUAUACCACGGUCGCAUGUAUGUGUCUUCAUGGCACAUUUGCUUCCAUUCAAACGUCUUCUCUAAGCAGAUUAAGGUUAUGCUCCCUUUGAGAGAUAUUGAUGAGAUAAGAAGAAGCCAGCAUGCAGUUAUUAAUCCAGCAAUUACGAUAUUUCUUCGAACGGGAGCUGGAGGACAUGGAGUUCCUCCCUUAGGAUGCCCUGAUGGAAGGGUUAGAUACAAAUUUGCAUCAUUUUGGAACAGAAACCACACAUUUAGAGCAUUGCAACGAGCUGUGAAGAACUUCCAUGCAAUGAUAGAGGCUGAGAAACAGGAACGUGCUCAAUCUGCAUUGCGUGCACUCAGUAGCUCAAGAAAAAAUAGCAGCAAGGAGAUAAAUGUUCCAGAAGAUUGUGCUGAUUUAACAGGGCAACUACAACCUUUUGUCAAAGAAGAAGUUCUAGUCUCUGUAUUUAAUGGAACAUUCCCGUGCACUGCAGAACAGUUUUUUAAUAAUCUAUUAAGUGAUGACUCAACUUACAUAACAGAAUAUAGGACAGCUCGUAAGGAUAAAGAUAUCAACCUGGGCCAGUGGCAUGUUGCAGACGAGUAUGAUGGUCAGGUGAGAGAACUUAACUGUAAAUCCAUAUGCCACAGUCCGAUGUGCCCUCCAUAUUCAGCAAUGACAGAGUGGCAGCAUAUGGUUCUUUCAGCAAACAAAACCGAUCUGGUAUUUGAGACUGUGCAACAAGUACAUGAUGUUCCAUUUGGUUCCUUCUUUGAGGUACACUGUAGAUGGUCUGUGAAAACUAUCGAUUCUAGUUCAUGCAGUGUUAACAUAAGUGCUGGUGCACAUUUCAAGAAAUGGUGCAUAAUGCAGUCUAAAAUAAAGAGUGGCGCUGUGGACGAGUUAAAGAAGGAAGUUCGAGAAAUGUUAGAAUUUGCGGAGUCGUAUAUGCAAAAAGUUAGCUCUCCUAACCAAGAAGACAAAUAUCUUGCCCGAGAUGGCGAUACAGCACCAGACGCCGAUGACAUACCUGGUGAUCAGUAACUAUAUUUGAGCAUGCUCCCUUAUGACAGCUACCGUAUAGUCCAGUGAUAGUUUAUAAUGUUAUUUAUACCCAGAAGAAGGCCCGGUGGACCUGACCUGUAACUGUAAGUAACUUGGGCCAAAUCUGAUAUGAUUGGCUGCCUUAAAGGAUGGCUAAGAUGCCUUGUGGCUUCUGUGUGUAUAUCUGUGAAAUGGCCAAUAUAGGGCACCUACAAGCAUGUCAGUUCCUGUUUCUCA